CGGUGACUGCAGGCCGAAACGCUGAGAGCAAAUACAACACAGGCCGCUCUUAGCAAGCAGACCACCAGCAGUAAAAACACGCACGAACCUCCACCCACAGCCCGGACCGGGCCAUGGCGGCGGAACCGUGCUCGCAAAUUGAAGCCGAGUUGUAUUACUUGAUUGCCAGAUUUCUGCAGUCUGGACCAUGUCAGAAAUCAGCUCAGAUGCUGCUGCAGGAGCUGCACGAAUAUGAGAUCAUCCCGAAGCGCUGGAGUUGGGAUGGAAAGCAGUAUAAGCGAAGCUUUGAAGACUGGGUGUUGUUGAAUCAGCACAUACCUGCAAAUUACCUGUUGCAUGUGUGUGAGCAGAUUGGUCCACUUGUAGAUAAACAAAUUCCUCCCAGUGUUCCUGGAGUGCGCAGUUUACUGGGCACUGGACGACAGUCAUUACUGCGGGCGGCAAAAAGUACUUCACAUACAAUAUGGAGUGGUUCUACUGUAGCAGCCCUGCACAGGGGGCGACCCCCAGAACCAUCUAUCAGCUGUGUCAAACCCCCAAAUUUUGUGUCAACCAUGGGUGCUCGACAAACAACAGGAGUGGCCCGAUUUAGCCAUGCCUUACCAUCAUGCACAUAUCAGCACAUGAAAAUGCAUCGGAGGAUUCUGGGUCAUCUCUCAUCCGUGUACUGCGUGGCGUUUGACCGCACCGGGCAACGCAUUUUUACGGGUUCCGAUGACUGCCUGGUGAAGAUCUGGUCAACAGACGAUGGACGUCUCUUGGCGACUCUACGCGGUCACGCCGCUGAGAUUUCAGACAUGACGGUGAACUUUGAGAACACUCUCCUCGCCUCUGCAAGCUGUGACAAGAUUGUCCGUGUCUGGUGCCUCCGUACCUGUGCACCUGUUGCUGUAUUACAAGGGCACACCGCCUCCAUCACUUCUAUACAGUUUUCUCCAUCAGCAUUUGCUUCCUCUCGCUAUCUGGCCACAACUGGAGCUGACGGCAUGGUGUGUUUUUGGCAGUGGAACGCUAUCAGCAUGAAGUUUGUUGAUAAGCCUGUGAAGUUCACUGAACGUUCUCGCCCUGGAGUUCAAAUAUCUUGCUGUUCGUUCAGUUCUGGGGGGAUGUUUUUGGCCACUGGAGGAACAGAUCACAUGAUCAGAGUUUACUACCUCGGCAGAGAGACACCUGUGAAGCUUUCAGACCUAGACUCGCACACGGACAAAGUAGUAGCUAUUCAGUUCUGCAAUAACACUGAUGGUCUCAGGUUUGUGAGUGGUAGUCGGGAUGGUACGGCUCGGAUUUGGCAAUACCAUCAGCAGGAAUGGAAGAGCAUUGUGCUGGACAUGAACGCUAGAUUACCAGGAAGUGCUGUGAUAUCAGGUGAUGAUAAAUCAACCAAGUUGGUGGUGACCAUGGUCGCAUGGGAUCGCUGCGACCGUUCUGUCAUCACAGCCGUUUCGAACUGCCUCCUCAAAGUCUGGAACACAACAAACGGCCAAUUACUACAUGUGCUGUCGGGCCACGACGAUGAGGUCUUUGUUUUGGAAGCCCACCCCUUUGACUCACGGAUCUUAUUAUCGGCUGGCCACGAUGGUAACAUUUAUAUUUGGGACCUCAGCAAAGGCCUUAAGAUCAGAAACUUUUUCAAUAUGAUUGAGGGUCAGGGUCAUGGUGCUGUGUUCGACUGUAAAUUUUCAGUUGAUGGGCAGCACUUUGCUUGCACAGACUCUCAUGGUCAUCUGCUUAUCUUUGGAUUUGGGUGCAGCCAACCAUAUGAAAAGAUUCCAGACCAAAUGUUCUUCCAUACGGAUUUCCGGCCAUUGAUUCGGGAUUCCAAUAAUUACGUACUAGAUGAGCAGACACAACAGGCCCCCCAUCUCAUGCCCCCACCUUUCCUGGUGGAUGUGGAUGGAAACCCCCACCCUCCACGGUACCAGCGUUUGGUGCCAGGAAGAGAAAACUGCAAAGACGAGCAGCUUGUACCACAACUCGGCUACAUGGCUAAUGGUGAUGGGGAGGUGGUCGAGCAGGUGAUUGGCCAGCAAACCGCAGAGGAUUCUCAGGAAGAAAGCCCAUUGGAUGAUCUGAUCAGACAGCUCCAGCACCAGCAAGAUGAGCAACUUAACUCAGGAAGUCCAGAAGGUGCUGAGGGGGCAGGUGGUCCUCUGUCACCGCCUAAUGUUGGACUGCGACGUAGCGGACAGGUUGAGGGCGUUAGGCAGAUGCACAAUAAUGCUCCCCGCAGUCAGAUCGCCACUGAGCGAGACCUGCUGGCAUGGAGUCGCCGCGUGGUGGUUAAUGAAGUCCCGAUGGGCAUUUUCAGAGUGAUGGAGGACUGCAGGCUAGCUAAAGGAGAUGUGGAACGGUCUUUCUACAUUACUGAUAAGAAACGAAAACCUCCACUUACAAAAGCUAGUGAGCCGGUAGUUGAGAAUGUUCGCAUGUUACGGAGACCUCAACGUAAGGCUCAGCAGCGGAGACACGGGUAUCAGACUCGCUCCACGCGAGACAGGAGACGCGGCACAAGCACGCUUACAUACCAGCGCGGCGAGGCCAGCGCAAGAGAGUCCGACAGUGACGCUGAGCAGGAGGAGGAGGAAGAGGAAGAAGAGCAGAACGAGAACAGUGAUGUGUCAUCUGAUGGCGAAGCACAGUGGGAAAAGGACAGCAGCUCCAGUGACUCUUCUAGUGAGUAUUCUGAUUGGACGGCAGAUGCGGGAAUCAACCUCCAGCCGCCCAAGCGGACAACCAGACGGCAGGCCCGCCUUGCCAGGAGCAGUAGCUCUGAGGAGGAGGAAGGUACAGGGCAGGGAGAAGGAGAAAAUGAGGGAACAAGCAAAUCAGCAGAUAAAGUGAAGAAACCUAAGCAGACCAAACAACGGUCCGUACCUGCCGGAGAAUUAGAGGAAUUGUUGCCUCCUGCUUGGAUCAUGGAGACAAUUCCAAGGCGUUCACCUUUCGUACCUCAAAUGGGAGAUGAGUUAAUAUAUUUCCGUCAGGGACAUCAAGCAUAUGUCCGAGCCGUUCGCCGUGCCAAAGCCUACAGCAUCAAUCCUCAGAAACAGCCCUGGAACCGCCUGGACAUCAGGGAUCAGGAGUCUGUGAAGGUCGUGGGUAUUAAAUAUGAGGUCGGGCCGCCUACUCUGUGCUGCCUCAAACUGGCCUUCCUGGACCCCACCUCAGGGAAAAUGACUAAUGAAUCCUUUAGCUUGAAGUAUCAUGACAUGCCUGAUGUCAUUGACUUUUUGGUGCUACAACAGUUUUAUAAUGAAGCCAAAGAACGCAACUGGCAACCGGGUCAACGUUUCAGAAGCAUCAUUGAUGAUGCCUGGUGGUUUGGUUCAGUGGAGGAUCAGCAGCCGUUGCAGCCUGAAUAUCCUGACAGCCUCUUUCAGUGCUACGCUGUUAGGUGGGACAACGCAGAGAGAGAGAAGAUGAGUCCGUGGGAUAUGGAGCCCAUACCUGAAGAAGCUCCAUCUCCAGAGGAGACUGGAGACAGUGUCCCGGUCACAGAGGAUGAGCUUCAGUCGCUUCUGUACGCCCCACAGGAGGGUGAAUGGGGUCUGCACACACGAGAUGACGAGUGUGAGAGAGUCAUUACCGCCAUAGAUCAGCUGCUAACACUCGACGUGGCAAAGCCCUUCUCUACUCCUGUCAAUUUAAGGCAAUAUCCAUUAUACUGCACUGUUGUGGCCUAUCCCACCGACCUCAGCACCAUCAGAACAAGAUUAGUGCACCGUUUUUACAGGCGAAUCUCGGCUCUCAUGUGGGAGGUGCGUUACAUCGAGCACAAUGCUCGAACAUUUAACGAACCCCAGAGUCCCAUCGUCACGGCUGCCAAAGCGGUCACUGACAUCCUGUUGCAUUUCAUCAGGGAUCAAAGCUCCACUGAUAUCUUGGACCUGUAUGAUAAGAUGAAGACAGAAUUGAGCAGCGCAGGAGAGGAAGAGGAGACAGUGGAUGUGGACUCAGACACUCCCUGCACUUCCACUGGUCAAAGGAGAUCCAAUACUUUGCCUCAGAAACGGGGUGUGGUUUUGGAUAUAAAUGCGUGGCAUGGGAAGUGCAAGGACCUUUUGAGGAGAAUGAUGGCAAGCCCGGACUCACAGCCGUUUCGCCAGCCUGUCGAUCUUUUUUCAUACCCGGAUUAUCGUGACAUCAUAGAUACUCCUAUGGAUUUGGGCACUGUUUCUGAGACUUUGAUGGGUGGAAACUACGAGAAUCCUGUGGAGUUUGCCAAAGAUGUGCGGCUUAUCUUCAGCAAUUCCAAGGCUUACACGCCCAACAAAAAGUCUCGGAUAUACAGCAUGACCCUGAGUCUGUCAGCGUUCUUUGAGCAUCAGAUCAUUAAUAUCAUCUCAGAUUAUAAAUCUGCUGUCCAGCAUCAACGCAGGAGUCAACAGAGACUCAGUUACAGCAAGAGAUUACAGUCACUUCCCAACAGCCCCAAAGGAAAACCAAAAUCAGCAAAGAAAUCUUCCCAGACACCUGCCAAGGUCUCUUCGAGGAAAACCUCACGAGAUCUGAGUGCUGCAGUUGAUGAGGACAGUCAGCCAUCCUCUUCAUCCUCCUCCUCUACCUCAUCCUCUUCAUCAGGCCAACUCGGAGCCAACAGAGUUACACGCAGCAGAGCUACGCCAAGGAAACUGUCAGAUGCCAAAAGCCUUCUGCCAAACGGAGGUCGAAGUUCUCGUAGACGCCUAGCUUUAACAGAAGAUGGAGAAAUCUCUGAAUCCGAAAGGUCUGGUACAUCAAGCACAUCGUCUUCUUCAACGUCGUCUUCCUCCACAUCAUCGUCUUCGUCAGAAAGUGACGACAGCGAGGAUGAGGUGGGCGGCUUUGCCGACGGAGGCGAUCACGACUACAGCAAAGCCCCCCAAUCCACACAAAAGGGCAAAGAGCCGGCUGCCACCAUCCCUGAGACGAAGCGCAAGAGAACAGAGGAAGAGCAAACGACAGAAUCUGUGAAACGUGCACGGAAAACGGAGGAAGAAGAGGAGCCUGAGGAAGAGGAAGAGCCAGAGGAGGAAGAGGAGGAGGAGGAAGAAGAAGAGUCUGAGGAAUCAGAGGAAGAGUCUGAAGAAGAGGUCACUUCACCUACAAAUACUGGAAGUCAGAGGUCAAGUCAAAGGACUGCAAAGCCAGGGCGGGUCAAUACUCGUAACCAAGGACGACGGACAGUUUUGUACAAUGAUGAUUCUGAAGAGGAGGGGCCAACGUCAGACCCGCUGAACUUGGGAAUGUCACGCUCUGGAAGAGUCCGUCGGAUGACUGAAAGAGCGAGAGUUAGCCAUCUUAUGGGCUGGUCGCACUAACUAGAACCUUGACCGUAACAUUGACUCACUACAGCGAUACUGCAGGGAUUUCGUUUUUAGUACAUUUUUGUGACUUUUUGUUUAUUUCACGUUUUGAGCUUUUUCUUGGAGACUCGAAGCUCAUGACUCUUCCUGGACUGUGGUGCUUUCUCAUAUUUGUGGUUUCCAUGGAAACCACCACGCCAUCACUUAAUCAGUCACCUCUGCCUUACUCUGGUCCAGGGCAGUAGAGUCAGCUCUCCCUACCAUUCCCAGUUUUUUUUCUCUGUCCCUCAGUUCCUCCUCGUGUAUGACAGAUGCAUGUCGGUUUCAAGUUGUCUAACUCACUCAGAGGAAUUUCUGUCUGUUCACUUUGUUAUGAUCAGAAAGAUGGUGCUGCUCUCCUCUUCUUCUAUCAUUCUAGUAUUCUUUUCAUACUUUUGGGGAAAUCUGUGUUUAUUUUCCAUCUUUCCCAUGAAGGGGGUUGUUAAAAACGUAUGUUUACCAUAUAACUCAGAUGACUUGACUCUAACAUGAAAUCAGGUUAUAUAUACCUCUGUUAGAUAAUAGAAUCAUUUUUUUGUCAUUGUUGAAGCAUUGGUAUUGUUUUUGGUGCAGGUGUUUGUUUUGAUCAAAACCUCUGAGAUGCAUUAAUUUCUUCCAGAUGUGCUUACUAUGCCUCAUCCAUUAGAGCACAGAUAUAUGGGGGAUAAUGGGAAAUGUGAGAGAAAAUGCACUGCUCGCUUCUCUUGUUCAGAAAUGCAAACACACUUCGACCGUUUUUACAGAAAAUAUUUAUAUUUUUCCACUGUUGUAUAGUUAACUUCGAUUCAUUUUUAUCUUACACUAAGGAGAACAAUAGUAAUGAUAAUGUUUGCACAUUUAUGUCAAGUUUGUGGCAGCUGAUUGGGGGAUACAAGGUAAAGGUAUCUGAAUCUUGGACUGUGAUUGAUUCAGAUAUAAAUUAAAGCUGGUUGCCUGGAUCUUUCUGAACAGCAAAAGGAUAUUUCUUGCAUUAUUUUUAUUUUUCAAAGUUAUUUUUACUCUGUAGCAUCAUGAAAACUAAGGAGAGUUUUGUUUUAAAUGUGGAAGAAAGAGAACCCCUCUCUGAAAAUAACUUGAUGUAAUUAUCUGAUCAAUGUUCUUGUGUUACAUAGGUGAAUUUUCAGGAUGAUGAAUUCUGAGCAUUAUUGAUCGGAGAUAUCAGAUGUGAAACUUGGAGGGUGUGAACCGAAGUGUGAUGUGAUGUUUAAUAUGUUCUCUUAUUGUGAAACAUUUUUACAUCUUUUUGCACUUCAGUUUUUCUCUUUUCUUUCCGAUGCACUAUUGUGAAAUUCACUCUCUUAGUCCUCUGUCUAUCCCGCUAAUAAGCAACAGCAGCCAAUCGCAAUGCAAAAAUAUAUUAUUUCUAUCAAAUCAGUCUACCGCAUGCAUUACCUCAUGUACACGGGAAGGAGUUAAUUUCUGUGUUUGUUUGUUCAUUUCACAUCUAUCUUUCUCAAGACUCAUUUUGAAGAGAUUCACGGCGUGACAGACGAAGAAUUGUCCAUUCUGUAACAAUAAUAGAGCAGAUGGUCACCAUGAAAUUAGGUUAAAGCUUAUGUGCGUGUCUAUUUUUUUUUUACACGUUUUGCAUUGUUUUUUAUAAUAAAAAAGUAAAACUG